UCUAUGGGUCCCUGUGGGUCUCUAUGGGUCCCUAUGGGGUUUCAUGGGGUCUCUGGGUUCCGGCGGGCAGAGCUGACCCUGGAGGUGACCCCGGAAGAGCUCCGCCCUCUGGUGACCCCGGCGGAGGAAUGGAGGGCCCCGCCUCCUUUGCCUGAACUUCCGGAAGAGGUGGAACUUCCGCCGGUGGGCGUGGCCGCGCUGCGGCGGGCGGCGCUGGAGGGGGCGGGACGUCCGGAAGGGGCGGAGCUUCAGGAGCUCCUCCCAAGCUCCGCCCCCCGGAAGUUGUGGGCGCGGCUCUUCCGCGUUUGUCUGGAUCUCUGCGCUGCCGGUUGGCUGCGGCUGGAGCAGUCCCGCCCCUACGGACCAAUCAACCUCCGGCCCGGCCCCCGAGGCCCCGCCCACCCUUCUCCAAGCCCCGCCCGCGUGGAGUAAAAGGAGGCGUGGCCACAGCCUCGUUCUUUUA